AUGAAAAACCCUCGUGAUGAUCAAAUUCUCCCUUUGGAUCUCCUUAUGGAAAUCUUGUCAUGGCUACCCGUGAAGACCCUCAUGCAAUAUGCGUGCGUUUCGAAGUCAUUGAAAUCACUGAUCAUCGAUGAUCCAUCAUUCGCGAAACUGCACCUUAAUAGAUCUCCCAAAAACACGCACAUUCUCCUCAACACAGAAUAUGACCCCUACGAAUUGGAAAAUGAGGACAGUUGGGUUGUUCCAUGCUCUGUGCGUUGCUUGAUGGAGGAUCCGUCGUCCGUGAUCGAUGUUGAAGGGUGCUACCAUUUGAAGGGAAAUCAUUUGGUUAUUGGCUACUGUAAUGGGUUGGUUUGUUUGGGCAACUUUUGUGAUGUUGGCCCAAUUGAAGAUUUUUGGGUUCAACUUUGGAACCCGGCCACACACCUUAUGUCUAAGAAGUUACCAACCUUUCAUCUAAGCAUGCGAACUUCUGUGGAUGCUCCGCGGGGUAAGGUGAAUUUGGGGUUCGGCUAUGAUAGUUCACAUGAUACUUACAAGGUAGUGGUGGUGCAUUGGGAUUGUACAGAGCAGAAAAUGAUGACAAGGGUUUAUUGCAUGAAAAAUAUUUGCUGCAAAAAUAUUUUGUGUGACCCUUGUUCCCCUCUUAUGCUCUACCCAAUCAUGGGAAAAUUUGUGGGUGGUUGUGUUAACUGGAUAGCUCUUAAAAAUAUGAAUGGUCCCGAAUAUGAAUGGGGCAAUGUUACUCGCGAGCAGCUGGCUAUUGUUUCUUUUGACAUGAGUAAGGAAAAGUAUACAUAUCGGCCACUUCCUGAGGGUGUUACUAAGGUGCCUUACUUUGAGCCAAGUCUCGAGGUUCUAGAAAAUCACAUGUAUCUUUCUCAUGAUCAUAAUCUGACUCAUUUUGUUAUGUGGAAAAUGAGAGAGUAUGGAGUUCAAGAGUCUUGA